AGGAAGUACAGCGCGCUCUCCCAGUCUCCCCCAUCCUUUAUAUUCAAAGGCCGCAAAGAAGAAGUACAGCCCAAGAGCGACCUCUUCCUCGUAGCUAGUAUUCCGCCAUGGAUCACUCGGGCAUGGGCAACAUGGCGCCGGACCAGGGUUACAGUACCCACAUGACCUUCUUCUGGGGCAAGAACUCGGAGAUUCUCUUCAAGGGAUGGCCCGGCACCAGGGGCGGCAUGUACGCCCUGGCCCUCAUCGUCGUCUUCCUGCUCCCCGUCCUCGUCGAGUGGCUCAACUUCUGCCGUGUGGUCAGGCCUCGUUGGGGCCAUACUGUGACCGGGCUCGCUCAGACGGCCAUGUACGCGAUCCGCGUCGGGCUCGCCUACUUGCUCAUGCUCGCCGUCAUGUCCUUCAACGUUGGCGUGUUGAUCGCCGCGAUACUGGGUCAUGCCUUGGGGUUCUUGCUCUUUGGCAGCUCGGUGUUCCAGAGACGGAAGCUGCAGCCGGCCGAGGGGACCAAGGGAGAUCUACCUCCCAUGUCCUGUGCCUGCUGAUUAUUUCUACGGCUUUUCAGUGUGUGGGGUGAUUUCGGAGUGCAAUAAACGUGGAAAUGUUUGCUUUGGAAUUUGAUUGUCAAUACUGAAUCCGCAACUUAGAUUUUAACGGUUGUAAAUUGUGUUGGAAAAUAAGGGUGCAGAUGUUUGAUCUUCUGUAAGUUUUCGUCGGAAGCCAAUUUUGUUUGGCCUCA